UGCGUCCUUCCACUUGCACGCACGUGGGUUUCUGAGCCCCGCAUCGGAGCGGCGAGGGGUGCAGGUCCGCCCACACGCUGCCCCCCCCAGCCGGGCAUGAACCGCUUUCUGCUGCCGGUGUCCGUAGUGGGCACGGUGAUCGGCGGCACCGUGCUGCUCAAGGACUAUGUGGCCGGUGGAGCUUGUCCCAGCAAGGCCACCAUACCUGGGAAGACUGUCAUCGUGACCGGAGCCAACACAGGUAUCGGGAAACAAACUGCACUGGAGCUGGCUAAGAGAGGAGGCAACAUCAUUCUGGCCUGUCGCGACAUGGAGAAGUGUGAGGCGGCCGCGAAGGACAUCCGUGGAGAGACCUUGAAUCCCCGUGUACGCGCCCAGCACCUAGACUUGUCUUCCCUCAAGUCCAUCCGAGAGUUUGCUCAGAAGGUCAUCAAAGAGGAGGAGCGAGUAGACGUUCUGGUCAACAAUGCGGCCGUGAUGCGGUGCCCACACUGGACCACUGAGGAUGGCUUUGAAAUGCAGUUUGGUGUCAACCACCUGGGUCACUUUCUGUUGACAAACUUGCUGCUGGACAAGCUGAAGGCCUCGGCCCCUUCGCGCAUCAUCAACCUGUCAUCUCUGGCUCACGUUGCUGGGCACAUAGACUUUGAUGACUUGAACUGGAAGACGAAAAAGUAUGACACCAAGGCAGCCUACUGCCAGAGCAAGUUGGCCGUUGUCCUCUUCACCAAGGAGCUGAGCCGCCGGCUGCAAGGCACAGGUGUGACGGUUAAUGCUCUGCACCCGGGUGUGGCCAGGACAGAGCUGGGAAGACACACAGGCAUGCACAGCUCUGCCUUCUCCAGCUUCACGCUUGGGCCCUUCUUCUGGCUGCUGUUCAAGAGUCCCCAGUUGGCGGCCCAGCCCAGCACAUACCUGGCAGUGGCAGAGGAACUGGAGAGUGUUUCUGGGAAGUACUUUGAUGGACUCAGAGAGAAGGCUCCAUCCCCUGAGGCUGAAGAUGAGGAAGUAGCCCGGAGGCUUUGGGCUGAAAGUGCCCACUUGGUGGGCUUGGACAUGGCUCAUGGGUCCUCUGGGAAGGGACAGUCCCUCCCCAGAUAACUCCCAAAGAGCCAGCAUUACCAAGGCUGCUGGCUGCCAUGCCGUCAUCAUCUUCUAAGGGCAGUGUUGGCACUCUUAGACUCUCAAGACCAUGGAUGCUGGCUUCCAUGCCCUCAUCACCCUCUAGGGGCAGUGUUGGUGCUGUUAAUGACCAUGGCUGCUGACUGCCAUGCACUCAUCUUCCUCUAGGGGCAAUGUUGGCACUGUUAGACUCUCAAGACCAUGGAUGCUGGCUCCCAUGCCCUCAUCACCCUCUAGGGGCAGUGUUGCCUGUGUUGGCACUGUUAAUGACCACGGCUGCUGACUGCCAUGCUGUCAUCUUCCUCUAGGGGCAAUGUUGGCACUGUUGUACUUUCAAGACCAUGGAUGCUGGCUUCCAUGCCCUCAUCACCCUCUAGGGGCAGUGUUGGCGCUGUUAAUGACCAUGGCUGCUGACUGCCGUGCACUCAUCUUCCUCUAGGGGCAGUGUUGCCACUGUAGACUGGUGCACUGUUAAAGAGUGGGUAACCAGAUAAA